CAGCCCUGGGAUUCCCAGGAGUUUCCACUUGGUGAUCAGCACUGAACACAGACCACCAACCAUGGAGUUUGGGCUGAGCUGGGUUCUCCUUGUUGCUAUUUUAAAAGGUGUCAAGUGUGAGGCGCAGCUGAUGGAAUCUGGCGGAGGCUUGGUACAGCCUGGGGGGUCCCUGAGACUCUCCUGUGCAGCCUCUGGAUUCACCUUCAGUAGCUAUGGCAUGAGCUGGGUUCACCAGACCCCAGGGAAGGGGUUGGAGUGGGUAGGAUUAAUUAGAAACAAAGCUGAUGGUGAGACAACAGACUACGCUGCAUCUGUGAAAGGCAGAGUCACUAUCUCCAGAGAUGAUUCGAAAAGCAUCACCUCUCUGCAAAUGAACAACCUGAAAACCGAGGACACGGCCCUCUAUUACUGUCCGAGGAACACAGUGAGGGGAGAUCAGUGUGAGCCCAGACACAAACCUCCCUGCAGGGGCGCGCGCGGCCACCAGGGGGCUCUCGGGACCCACUGCGGACAGGACCAGUCCCAGGAGCAGGUGCAGGGGGAGGUUUCCUUUCUCCUCAGCUGGAAAAAAAGUCAGCUCACUUGUUCAGCUCCUCAGGAGAGAGUCCAGGUUUAUCCUGAUUAUACAACACUCCCAACUUCUGAUGACUCUUCUGUUACCCACAUCCAUGGAGAUAGAAUGUUUACUAUAGAAUUCACCAAACUAAUGUCAAAUGCCCAAGUUGCAAUACCGCACACCAUAGGGUAUGACCUAUCAGGGAAGGACCAGAGUUCCAUGUGCUCUCAGAGAGGAGGGCUCACAGAUGUCCUCUCUGGUUCCCAGGAAAGACCAGCUUCUUCAGUACAUCUUCCUACCUGGAAGAAGACGAAUCUGGGCUUGGCGAGGGGAGGCCCCAGGAAGACCACUGGGUUCUCAGAGGGCACAGCCAGCAUCCUCCUCACAGUGUGA